AUGAUAGAUUGCAAGCCAAUUGACACUCUUAUGGAUCCAAAUGUCAAUCUCCUACCAGAUGAGGGAAAGGCCUUUCCAGAUCCAGGAAGAUAUAGGAGGUUAGUUGAGAAGUUGAAUUACUUGACCAUGACGAGACCAGAUGUUUCAUAUGUUGUGGUUGUGGUGAUUCAAUUCUUGAAUUCCCAUUGUGAUAGUCAUUGGAAUGUUGUGUUUAGAAUCUUGAGAUACAUUAAAGGAGCUCCAGGAAAAGGUCUUGUUUACACAGACAUAGGUAAUUUAGAUAUUGUUGCUUACACAAUUGCAUAUUGGGUUGGAAGUUCUUCCGAUAGACGGUCCACAUUUGGGUAUUGUGUUCUUAUUGGUUGUAAUUUGAUUUCUUGGAAAAACAAAAAGCAGAAGGUUGUUGCCAAAUCUAGUGUUGAGGCUGAAAAUCGAGCUAUGGCACUUACUACUCAGGAGCUCAUAUGGCUCAGAUACCUUCUCCAAGAGUUUCACUUUUGUAAUAUAGGCAUUAUGAGUCUCAUAUGUGAUAAUCAAGCAGCCUUACAUAUUGCUUCUAAUCCAGUCUUUCAUGAAGCGAAGUAA